AUGUCCCCCCUCUGUUCUCCGCUAACGCAAGCCCACCCGCACGAAGCGCUCAUCAUCGCUGCCGCGCCGGCCACCUUGGGCCCGCCAACGAGCGGCGCGGACCCGCUCGCGCCGCUGCGGCGGCUGGCGCGCAUCGCGCCGGCUGCGAGCGUCGUCGAGGUGCCCGAGGGACGGGGGAAGCUCGCGCUCGCGGUGCGCUGGGUGCAGCCCGCCGACCUCGCGCCGCUCGUCGCCGCGCUCAACGCCUCCUCCCUCGCCAAGCUCGACGUCGACCUCCUAACGGACCUCGCGCCGGACCGGGGCACGCACGCGCCGGCACUGUCGUUCCUCCUCUCGGGGCUGAGCACGCCGUUGCAGCGAUUAACGCUGCACGACGCGACGGCGCCGUCGGCGGCGUCGCUCGCGGCGUUCCUCGCCCGCUCGGGCACGCUGCAAAGCCUCACGCUGGCGCAUUACCCCAUCACGGUGGACAGCAUUGCCCCGCUCCUUGAUGCGCUGCGCUCGGCACCGGCGCACGCCCUCGCGACGAUGCGGCUAGGCCACCGCCGCCUCCCGCCACCUGUGAUCCGCGGUGGAUGUUUCCUGCCCCCUGCUGUCCGACCAGACCCGGCGGCCAAGCCGCUAGCAGAAAUCGCGGCGCUGCUCGAGGCCCGCGGGAAGGAGCACGAGCGUGUGCGGGCUGCUGUGCGCCGUGCGCUCGUGCCGGCACGCGUGCUCCUCCGAGCCAGCGGCGAAGGCGCAGUCAUGUCCCUCCCGCCCGAGCUGCUGGUGCACGUUGUGCGCUUCACCACGCGCGAUCCUGGUGCAUUGAGUGCCGCGCAGCUGGCACGGCUGUGCACCAUUGCCGCGGCGCGCGCCGAGCCCGUCGACGCAGCAGGGUUCGGCGCCGCGAUGGACGCGGCUGUCGCCGGCGCGUUUAGGAGCGAGCGUGUGCUCGAGGCGCCGGCGAAGCGGCCACUGCCUGGUGUUUGUCCCUUCGUGCCCGUUGUCAAGUGCGGCAACGCGCCGGCGCUUGUCGAGUGGGGGCGGUAG